UUCAUUUCAUAAAGUCACCACGGGCGAGAGAGUACUUAAAACAAAAAUAAUACAGAAAUUCUUUUCGAUUUAAAAGAAUUCUAUAAACGAAAUUUUAACCAAGAACGAUUCAAGACUUUUUUUUUGUUGUUAAUUUUGUUCAUUUCUCUUCACUCUGUAUUAUUUUUGUUUCCUCAAAAGUCUUUUUUUUUAUAAUUAAUUUCAUUUGAUUUGGUUUGGUUUAAUUGUUGUUGUUGUUGGUUCUUUGCUUUACAUAAAUGGAUUUUUUUCAAUCAACUUAAAUUCGAUUUUUCGCCCACAUUUCCUAUAAUACCACACUUUGCUAAAUUUUUUCCCCCGAGUGAAAUAUAAAAGAAAAAAAAACACAAGUAACGACGACGAAGGCAAAAUAGAAAAACAACAUACCAUAAAAUAAAUAUUUUAAAAAGAAAUAAAGAAAAACAACGAGAAGAAAAAUUGAUUCAUCUGAAAGAGGAAAUUUUCCACUUGCUGUUGUGCGCUAGGUGUACUUUGAAUUUCCUUGUAUUAAAACCAACCAACCACCCCGAGACGACAUCGACAUACAAAAGUUCGUUAUUCGGUUUUUCCAACAAAAAAUAACGAGACGAGCCGCGGCAGUUUGGAAAAUCGCUGACUUUUUCAAUUUAUAAAGUAUUAAGACUCGAUAAUUUCUUUAAAAAUAAACGUGAAAUACAAUACAAUGAAAGAAAUCAAAACAAAGCAUUAAACAAUUUUUAUAAUCAUUUAUCGGGGUUCUUCUAGAGGUAGUCGAGUCACAGCAGUUUGAGGGGAACAAACAACAAAAAAAAGGAGAGUAAAAUUCAGUUCUGGCGAGGGUGAGACACGGCAACGGGAGAGUGAGCUUUCAAAAAACAAAAAAUUAAUAAUGUCUAUGUCCAACUACUAGUUUAUUUCUGUGACACAAAUCAAAACAAAUGCGAUUUUGAGUGUGAAUUUGAUGAAAAUUCAAACACACAAGAAAGAAAGAACUUUUUCCAUGUUACGUUUGUAUGGCAUUUUGAUAAAAAUGUCACAAAUUUGACAGAUACAACUGAUACCAUCGGCCAUAAAGGAGUUUUAUACCUACAAGCAAGUGGGUUUCUGAAGUUAAAGAGGCAGUAGCUCAACAUUAGAUCGGCCACUUCAAAUUAAGCAGUCCAACGGAAUAGUAGUAUACCUCUACCUUAUAUCUCGAUGUGGCCAGCUCUCUAACUACAUACUACUACCACCACUAUUGAGUAAUAUAAAAGAAUUUAAUUUAAUUCUAAAUUACUAGAUAACUCUAUUAUCACUUUAAAAAUAAUGUCAGUGAUAAAAACCAGCCACAACAACAAUUACACUGGUCUAACUUCAUCUAACAACAACAACACUACAAACGAGGAGAGUCAAGAAGAGGGAAUAAUCUACAACUACUUUGCAGUAGUAACAACUAAAUAAUAUUAUAAUAAUCGGCGAAUCGGAAUAUCGAUAAUAAAUUAUUGUAUAGUGCUGGCGGUGAUAUUUAUUUAGUAUUAAACGAUGAGUGUGCGAAGAAUAAUUGCCUUCUGAGACUCUGUGCCGCGCCAAUUCUUUUUAAUUCUUCAAUUUAAAUUGUACACGCCGAUAAACGUGUUUAUAAUUUAUUUUAAUUUAAAUCCACCUAAACUAGUGUACCUUUUCAACAAACAAACACAAAAAAUCCCUAUUUCAUAUCGAAUGAACUGUGAAUUGUUAAAAUAAACAUUUAUUUUUUUAUAAAUUAUAAACUUAAAAAAAAAAUUAAACACAAACAUAAAUUUAAAAAAAAAAAAAAAACCAGUAUAAAUGGCUGAUUCAAAUAACUCAAAAAUCGCUUCGCGACUUCGAAAAAUUGAAAGGACUGACAGCGAAAUCGCCUGCGAGGAGGCGGCACGCCUAACAGCUGAUAUACAAGAGGGCAAUAGCCCAGACGAUGAUGAUGAUAUUAGCGAAUAUCAGGAUCUUCCGCCACCACCAGACGGUGGAUAUGGCUGGGUGAUAUGUUUCGCUUCAUUUAUGUGCAACAUGAUAGUCGACGGUAUUGCAUAUACUUUUGGAAUAUUUUUGGGUGAAUUUGUCGUAUACUUUGGCGAGGGUAAAGGUAAAGUAGCAUGGGUCGGAAGUCUGCUGAGUGGUGUGUACCUUAGUGCAGGUCCUAUUGUAUCUGCGUUAGCCAAUAAAUUCGGCUGUCGAGCAGUUUGCAUAGCGGGGAGUGUUGUUGCAUGUAUAGCGUUUGUUUUAAGUACAAUGAGUACGUCUGUAAAUAUGCUUAUGUUAACGUAUGGUGUUCUGGGUGGAUUUGGAUUCGGUAUGAUUUACUUGCCGGCCGUAGUUGCUGUCGGCUAUUAUUUUGAGACUAAACGGUCGCUGGCGACUGGAAUUGCAGUUUGUGGUUCGGGAGUGGGAACAUUUGCGUUUGCUCCUUUUGCAACAUAUCUAUUAAAAUUAUUCGGAUGGAAAAAUUCACUUUUGAUCUUUGCUGGGUUAAUUUUGAAUUGUGCUGUAUUUGGUGCAAUGAUGCGACCACUCACUUAUCCAAAGAAGAAGAAAGUCAAACCUUUAAUGCAACGAAUGUAUGAAGAGAAGCGUUUGCAAAUGGAACGUGGUUCAAUUGGUGGAUCGCAUUUUAUGGUUCAAAUGCCCGAUGGUACAAUGGAGCGUAAAUUAAAAAUGCCCAUUAAUGCCGAUCCAGGUGUACAUUCUAGUCUCAAUUUAGAUUUAUUAGCAUCGCAACAACAAAGUGGUACAUUGCAUCCUGUAUCAACAUUGCCCACAAUUACCGAAGCCAAAGUUGCAGAAAAUCAACAUGAACAAAAUCAACAAAACUCCCCUGAUGGUCAGAGUCAAUUAGAGGUCCGUCGAGGACGUCGUCCAUAUCGUAAUUCAGAAACUGAUGCCAGCAGCCCAUACAACUCAAAUGACAUGAUACGCAAUGCUUCACAACCGGCAUUCACAAUCGACUACCAAAGUUUACCAAAGAACGGUUCGGUACCGUCUUUCGAUAGAGUAAGAAAAACUUCUAGCAGUGAACGUUAUAAGCCAUCGCUGGCAGCCAUUCGAGCAUCUUCAAGAGGCGAUUUAGAAAGCAAUGGUGUUGAAAAUUAUUCAUCAAAAAUGUCCUUGUCCCAACGCAACGAUAGCGGCAAAAUGGUAAGACCACUCUCUCGAAAAGAUAUUUUCUACUCAGGUUCAGUGACAAAUCUACCACAAUACCAAUCACAAAAAUCACUAACCAACUACAGAAAUUCGGUUCUAUCACUAACUAAAUAUGAGAAGAGCAUGCGGGAUGUUCGUAUGAUAGAUCCUUUAGCUGAAGCAGAAAAACAUCGUGAAGAAUAUGAUCUAUGCCCAUGCUGUGGAGUACCAGAUUCGGUUAAAGCAAUUCUCAACACUAUGUUAGAUGUAAGCCUACUCAAAGAUCCUGUUUUUAUGCUUAUUGGAAUUUCAAAUGUUUUCGGAAUGGCUGGGCUUUAUGUUCCAUUCGUAUAUUUAGUUGACGCAGCUAUGCUUGAUGGAAUUGAUUCCAAUUCGGCCUCAUUUUUAAUUGCAAUCAUCGGAAUUACAAACACAUUUGGCAGAGUUAUUUGUGGUUAUGUUGCAGAUUUUCCGCAAGUCAAUUCACUUCUUCUAAAUAAUAUUUGUCUUUUGAUAGCCACAUUUGCUGUGACAGCAACACCUUUAUGUUCAUCGUAUUCUUCCUACGUAGUUAUGUCUAUAUUCUUUGGAAUAGCUAUCUCUGGAUAUAUAUCCCUAACAUCAAUUAUUCUAGUUGAUUUGCUUGGUUUAGAAAGACUCACAAAUGCAUUCGGUCUACUCAUUCUCUUCAGAGGUUUUGCCGCCAUCAUUGGAUCACCUCUAGCCGGGGCAGUAUAUGAUGCAACUGCAUCAUACGAUAUAUCUUUCUACAUGGCUGGAGCUUUCUUUGCCAUCUCAACAGUGACUAGUUUUCUAGCGCCAUGUUUGAAGAGCUGCACAAGCACUGACGAAAUGCCAGUUCAUAUGGAAGUCCUUACGCCAAUUGACGAAGAACAAGCCGAAGAUUUAGAGGACGAUGAUCAACCUAUUACAAUUGUGCCCAAAAUUGUGAAAACCCUACCAAGUCCACAGCAAGAACAACCACCUGGAGUUAUGAAUAACAAGCAGUCCGAAUCAGUUUUAUGAGUUCAAGAGAGAUUUUAAACUAAAUUUAUAAAUUUAAAAAAAAAAUGCCAUUUUUUCUUCUUCUUAGCAGCAGGAGCAGCAGCAACAAAGAGCAAAAAAAUAAACAGCAUAGCUUAGCAUACCAAAUAAAUUUGAAUCAACAAAUAAUAAUGAGAGAAUGUUAAAAAGAGAACUAAAUAUAUAUUAUAUUAUAAAAUAAAUAUACAUUUUAGAAAAAUAGUUUGUACUCUAUUACACGAUAAAGUAAAUUUAAAAUAUUUUUUUAUUGAAUUUUUUUCUUUAAAAAAUAAAUUGUUAUUUUCAAUCGAUAGCCCUUUUCUUUAUUAUAAUUGCAACAAAUUGCUACUCUAUUGAAAAAAAAAUUAAAAUGAAAAAAAAAAAGAGAUAAAUAAAAGUGUUGAACACGAUGAUAGUGUGAACAAAAAAAAAAUAACAAACAAAUUUUGUACAUUAAGUAGUUUUUUUUUUUAAAUUGUUAAUUUUUUUGUAUCUUCUUAUUAUUAUUAUUAAUGUGUAUGUCCAUUGUUUAUUUUUGUAAAUCUAGUUUAAGGAUUCAUUUUAAUUCUAGUAUUGAAUAAACCAAAAAGAUAGAAAUAUCAAAAACAAAAGUCUUUAUGUUUAAAAAUUUUCUUUUUUUGAAAAUACAAAUAAAAAUUAAAUGUGAGAGAAGAAAAUUAAGAAAGAAUGUAAUAUAAUUUGUAUAAGCAACAAGCAAAAAAACGGUAUUAUAUACUCUUACUACAAAUUUAAAUAAAAAAAAAAUCAAAUACAAAUAAUAACUAAAAUAAAAUAAUAUUUAACUUAUAAAAAAAAGAACCUUAUUGGAUUGAACAAUUAUUUAAAAAUAUGUCAAAACAAUUUGAAGGAAAAAAAAAUAGUUGUUAUUUAUUUUUUAAUCACACGAUUGUAAAAAGUUUAAUAAAUUGUAAUAAUAAAAAAAAUGCGCGCUGUUACAUUAUGUCAAACAUUCACCUAAAUUUUUUUUUAAUUUUUGUUUUGUUGAUUUAAUUAUUUUCUUCAAGAGAAAAAACUAUUCGUGUUAAUCGAAAAUAGUAUUAUUUAUAAAGGAAAUCAAACCAAAAAAUAUCAGAUAAAAGUACUAAAACGAUGUUAUUACAAAGAAAUUAUAGCAAUUAAAUAAACAAACAAACAAAAUGAAAGAGAGAAGGGAUAUAAAGAAAAGAAAACGCCAUAAAAAUUAGCAAACAAAUAAA